AUGGGGGCUCCAAGCUCGACAAGAGAACCCAUCGCCAUUGUUGGCACAGCAUGCCGCUUCCCCGGUGGAGCAAACACCCCAUCAAAGCUAUGGGACCUCCUCUGCGAGAAGAGAGACGUGCAGACACCCAUCCCAUCAGAGCGUUUCAACCCAGAUGCCUUCUACCACAGAAAUGGGGAGAAGAGCGGUUGCACAGACGUCAAGAAGGCCUACCUCUUGACUGAGGAUAUCCGUGCUUUUGAUGCGUCUUUCUUCAAGAUCAACCCAAGGGAGGCUGAGGCUAUGGACCCUCAGCAGCGGCUGCUUCUUGAAACCGUCUAUGAAGCGACUGAAGCUGCUGGUCUUCCCUAUGAGGACCUCAAGGGCUCCAACACAGCCGUCUAUGUUGGCUCCAUGACUGGAGACUACCAUGAGAUGCUCCUUCGUGAUCCUCAGGACAUGCCCAAGUACAUGGCAACAGGAACAGCUCGAAGUAUCCUCUCAAACCGCAUAUCCUACUUCUUCGACUGGAAAGGUCCUUCCAUGACCAUCGACACAGCAUGUUCCUCCAGUCUUGUUGCCGUACAUGAGGCCGUCACAGCACUCCGUCUAGGAGUAUCAAACAUUGCCUGUGCUGCUGGCGCCAACCUGAUCCUUGGCCCAGAGAUGAUGAUUUCAGAGUCCAAGCUUCACAUGCUCUCACCAACAGGACGAAGCAAGAUGUGGGAUGCCUCGGCCAACGGCUAUGCCCGAGGUGAAGGUACAGCAGCCAUCAUGAUGAAGACUCUCUCUCGAGCACUGAGUGAUGGAGACCAUGUCUACGGAAUUAUUCGUGAGACUGGUGUGAACUCCGAUGGACAUACCAAUGGUAUUACCCUGCCAGGUUCAGAGUCACAGAAGGCUCUGAUUAGGCAAACCUAUACCAAUGCCGGGCUAGACCUCAUCAAAGAACGAUGUCAGUUCUUCGAGGCUCACGGGACUGGCACACCUGCAGGUGAUCCCAUUGAAGCCCGUGCUAUCCAUGAAGCCUUCUUUGAAGACUCUGCAGGCGGUUCAGACCAGAUGUUUGUCGGUUCUGUGAAGACCGCUAUUGGACAUCUCGAAGGUUGUGCUGGUCUCGCCGGCCUCAUCAAGGCUCUUGAGGCGGUUCGGAGAGGUGUUAUCCCUCCCAACCAACUCUUCAAGACCCUCAACCCUGCGCUCAAGGCUUUUGCAGGCAACCUCUCCAUUCCUACAGAGACACUACCUUGGCCGGAGAUUGCCCCUGGUACACCCCGUCGCGCAAGUGUCAACUCUUUUGGUUUUGGCGGAACCAAUGCCCACGCCAUCUUGGAGAGCUUUGACAACCCACUUCAACCAGGCCCUGUCAAAGGCAUCCUAUCAUUCCCCCUUGUUCUUUCUGCCAACUCGGAAAAGUCUCUCCGAAAACAGAUAUCCCAGCUGCAUGACACGAUACAAGAGAGUGGAGAGGAGGGAGCAGAGGCCAUUCUCUAUACGCUUGCACAAAGACGCUCUCAGCUCCCAGUCAGAACCUACUUCUCAGGGCAUACUCAGCAAGAGCUUCUGAAGAAGCUCAGUGCUGCGUCAGCUGACGAUGCUACUAUUUCAGUUGCCAGCCAAGAGACUACAAACCAGACUCCACGCAUCCUUGGCGUCUUUACUGGUCAAGGUGCUCAGUGGCCGACCAUGGGCCGUGAAAUCCUGAAGACGUCUGCCUUUGCGCGAGAUAUCAUCGCAAGGCUAGAGACUUCACUUGCGAGUCUUCAGGAACCACCAAGAUGGACACUGUCAGAACAGAUUCUCGCAGACCCCGAAACGUCUCGGCUUGGCGAGGCCGCCGUCUCCCAGCCCGUUUGUACUGCAGUCCAGCUUAUGCUGGUCGAGUUACUUCGCCAAGCUGGCAUCACCUUCAGUACUGUCAUUGGCCACUCAUCCGGAGAGAUUGCCGCUGCUUACGCAGCCGGGUUCCUGACCCCUGAAGAUGCCAUCCGUAUCGCCUACUGCCGUGGUGUUUGUGCCAAGCUUGCUGGCGGCGAAGAGGGACAGAAGGGCUCCAUGAUGGCCGUGGGCUUGUCUUAUGAAGAGUCUGCUUGCUUCUGCGAGGACCACUUCCCUGGUCGUAUCGACGUUGCUGCUAGCAACGCUCCUGGCAGCGCCACACUAUCAGGAGACAAGGACGCCAUCUUGGAGGCCAAGGCACUUCUGGACGAGCAAGGAACGUUUGCUCGUGUCUUGAAGGUCGACACAGCGUAUCACUCUCACCACAUGCAGCCUUGUGCUGAGCCUUACAUGGCACUCCUUCGUGAGUCAAACAUCCAGCUCUUGCCUGGCGAUGACUCUUGCGAGUGGUUCUCGAGUGUCAUUGGAGAGCGCAUGAGUGCCUUCAGCCACGGUCAAUUUUUGACAGGCGAGUACUGGGUAGAGAACAUGGUCAAGCCUGUACUCUUCACGCUUGCCUCAGAGCUCGCAGCCGAUAGCAAGCUACCAUGCCAUGUCGCUCUCGAGGUCGGUCCUCAUUCAGCUCUCAAGGGCCCCUUUAGCCAGACAUACAAGCGAGCUACAGGUUCCCAGCUACCGUAUCAGGGAGCGCUAACUCGUAAUUUGCACGACGUCGAGGCUCUCAGUGAUGCUCUUGGUUUCAUCUGGGCUCGCCUUGGCAAGUCUGCUGUCAACUUUGCUAGCCACGCUGAGUUGUUCUCAUCGGCAAAGACGAGCUUGUCAACAAAUCUGCCUUCCUACCCGUGGGAUCACUCUCAGUCUUUCUGGAAGGAAUCUCGCAAGUCGGCCAACUUCCGUCAACGCACAAGCCCGCCCCACCCCCUACUAGGAACUCGCUCAGCAGAAGAUGCGACCCAAGACUUAAGAUGGCUCAACAUCUUGCACUUGGAUGACGCCCCCUGGCUAGAGGGCCACAAGGUGGAAGGUCUUGUGGUUUACCCUGCCGCAGCGUACCUUGUCAUGGCGAUGGAGUCUGCCAAGUCAAUUGACGAUACCAAGACCAUCCAGCUUGUCGAACUUUUCGAUGUUCAGAUCCUCAGUGCUAUCCAGCUUAAUCAAGAUUCGCAAGGCGUCGAGACCCUGUUCACUCUUGAGAUCGACAAUGUCAACUCUCUUGUUGCCACUGCGAGGUGGUCACUAUUCACCUCCAUUGUCGGACGAGGUAGUAACUGGAAGUGCAAUGCUAAGGGACACCUGCGUGUCGAGUUUGACUCCAGGGUGCAAGACUCGCUUCUGCCGUCGCGUAACCCUCCUGUGGCGUCCCUAACCUCCGUCGACAUGGAGCGUUUCUACACCUCUCUGGCCGAGAUUGGCCUAGAGUACACAGGUGCCUUCAAGCAUCUGUCCAACGUCCAGAGACAAUCGGGCUUUGCUACUGCCAAGGCCAGUCAGAUGAGCACUGAUUUCUCCGCCAUGAUUCACCCUGCUCUGCUCGAUUCGGCCUUCCAAUCCCUGUUCGCGGCGUACUGCUGGCCUGAUGAUGGUAGCCUUGCUGCACCUUUUGUGCCAACAUUCUUCAAGAGUUUACGCAUUGUCAGCCUUGACCAUGUCCAGAACAGUCAGGAGCUGACAAUUGACUCGUAUCUGACGGAUACCAACGAUAGAGAGAUCACUGCCGAUCUCGAUAUCUUUACCAGCGACAAUGAGCAGCCCCUUCUGCAGCUUCAAGGCCUGACCUGCACAUCAUUGCUCAGGCCCGGACCCAGCAACGCCAAGGAGCUGUAUACGCAAACCGAGUGGGAGGUCGACAUCAGCUGUGCUGUCGCGUCGCUCGAUGUGCAACAACACGAUGCUGAAGGGGAUCUAGAUCUCGUCGAUCUGUGCGAGCGUCUGUCAUACUAUUACUUGAGAGAGCUCAACCGAAAUGUCGACCGCAGCGAGGUUCCAGCCAUGGAUUGGCACUUCCAGCGCAUCUUUGAGUGGAUCGACUACCUCUUCCCAAUCAUUGAAGCCGGCAAGCACACCACGAUCCGAAAGGAGUGGUCAGCAGAUGAAGGGUCAUGGCUCCUCCAGCAGGCUUCCAGGUUCCCCGACCAAGUCGAUCUCCUGCUUAUUCAAGCUGUUGGUGAGAAUCUGACUGAAGUUGUGCGCAAGGAGACCACCAUGUUGGAACACAUGGUCCGUAACGAUGUGCUCAACCGUUUCUACAAGUUCGGUCUGGGCUUCCAGCGUGCCAACGGUUAUCUGAGCCGGAUCUCGAAGCAGAUCGCUCAUCGUUACCCACGCAUGAAGAUCCUUGAGAUCGGUGCCGGAACUGGUGGUGCAACCAAGGGCAUCCUCGAGUCUCUCGGUACGACCUUUGAGAGCUACACAUUCACUGACAUAUCCACUGGCUUCUUCGAAGCUGCUGUCGAGGCUUUCGAACCGUGGGUGUCCAAGAUGAUCUUCAAGCCUCUCAACGUGGAGAAUGACCCAGUCGAGCAGGGUUUCCCAGAGGCGCAGUACGACUUCAUCGUCGCUUCCAACGUACUCCACGCGACAAAGUCACUCUCGACUACGAUGCGCAACGUGCGACGACUGCUGAAGCCUGGCGGUCAGCUCUUGCUCCUCGAAGUCACGAGCGACAUUGUUCGUGUGAGACUGAUGAUGUCCGGUCUUUCUGGUUGGUGGCUCGGUGGUGAUGAUGGUCGUCGAUAUGCACCCACUAUCACUGUGCCUGAAUGGGACUCUUUGCUGCGAUCGACUGGAUUCUCUGGUGUUGAUCACACGGUCAACGACUUCCAUGACGCCUCGAAGUAUAUGACCUCGGUGAUGUUGUCGCAGGCUGUCGAUGACAACCACGUUCCGGUCCUUCGCCAGCCUCUCGCCAGUGCUCUUGACUGGCUUCCUCAACGAUGUAUCACGAUCAUCGGCAGGAAGAACGACAUUGCCCAGCAAGUCUCACAGACUUUGCUUGCAAUGAAUGGCGCUUCGCCUGAUCUGAUCAACCAUGUCGAUUCGUUCGAGCAGCUUGCUUCCACUCCCGAGUUGUCCCUGCGAGCUGUUCUUAUCCUCGAAGAUCUCGACGAGCCGGUUUUGAAGAACAUGACGUCGGAGAAGCUCUCAGUGGCCGAACCGACUGCUCCCGUCAUUGCUCUCUCUGAGAUAGUCGGGUCUAUCAUCUCGGUUCCUGACUCGCAAGUCUUUGAUGCGCCGCAAGGUUUCAACAUCGACCAAUUAGCUUCACUACGUCAUCUCGCCCUCACGACCGUCGUAGAGGGUGUCUUGGCUGAAUAUGAAGCUAGCGAUGCAAUCGUUCUCCAUGAAGCAGACAAUUACCUGGGAGCAGCUUUUGAGGCAAAGUGUGGCGAGAUUGGUCUCAAACUUGUCCGAACCACUUCUAAAUCAGGUCAAAAGGACGAUGCCAUCUUCAUCCAUCCUCUUGCUCCCGAGCGAAUCGUCAAGAAGGUCUUGCCUCAUGUUGAGGUUGCCGUCGUCGUUGACCUCUCGGGUAGGGACUACAGCGCUGUCGACUCCCCACUGAGACGUCACGUGCCAGCCUCUACCAAAUUCUUUGAGCUCUCAGACCUGAUUGGUGACGUCACGUGUAGUCUUCGCGACGUCAACAUCCAACGCGUCUUGACCGCGUUUGAGCCUUCACUCAAGUCUCCUUCCGAUGGACCUGUCGUCAAUAUCUCGGAGAUCUCCGGGCUCCAGGCCUCGGAAACGGCUUACGCUACUGUGGUAGACUGGUCGACCGAGAAGCCAAUCCCAGUCCAAGUCCAGCCGCUGCAGGCAAACCGUCUUCUGCGAAGUGAUAGGACUUACCUUUUGGCCGGUUGCACGGGUGGUCUUGGCAAGGCUCUCUGCCGAUGGAUGGUCACCGCCGGUGUUCGGCAUCUCGCCCUCACUACCCGCAAUGUCGAAGCCAUCGACAAGGUCUGGCUUGAAGGCCUUCGUCUUCAGGGUGCCAAUGUCAGACUCUUUCAAGUAGACGUGGGCGACAAGGCUGCCCUGGAGCUUGCCCAUGCUCAAGUCACGGCCGAAAUGCCCCCAAUUUGUGGUGUUGCUAACGCUGCUAUGGUUCUGUCUGAUCGCUCCUUUGGCGAACUCAAGGUUGGCGACUUUGACAAGGUCUUUGGGCCCAAGGUCCGGGGUACACAGAACUUGCAUGAGCUGUUCCAGGAUAAACCACUGGACUUUUUCAUCAUGUUCUCCUCACUGGCCAGUGUGGUCGGUAACCGAGGACAGGCAAACUAUGCCGCGGCCAACCUGUUCAUGACAGCAGUUGCCGAGCAGCGACGAGCAAAGAACCUCGCUGCGUCGGUUAUCCACAUCGGCAUGAUUCUCGGUGUAGGCUAUGUGUCGUCCACUGGCGCAUACGAGGCGACGUUGAGACAGUACAACUACAUGCCCAUCUCUGAGCCUGACUUCUUCAACAUGUUCUCGGAAGCCAUUCUGGUCGGCCAGCCAGGAUCCAACCACGUCCCAGAGGUCAUCACUGGCCUCAACCGAUACAGCCUACAGGAAGAUGCCCCCAAGUUCUUCUGGCAUGAGAACAUGCGCUUCUCUCACCACACUCUGGAAGAGCAACACCAAGAAUCGACUAGCACCACCAAGGCCUCCAUCUCUCAGCGUCUAGCCCAAGUUCAAACACCUGCCGAGAUGCUCGAAGUCGUGGAAGAAGAGUUUUGUACCAAGUUGGAACGAAUGCUUCAGGCCGAGAGUGGCACCAUCAAGGUCUCUCAACCCUUGAUGAGUCUGGGAGUCGACUCGUUGAUCGCUGCAGAGAUCCGGUCUUGGUUCUUCAAGGAGCUUGAUGUUGACAUGCCGGUUUUGGAGAUUCUCAACACUGCAUCGGUUGCCGAGAUCUGCUCGACUGCCGUCGCAAGUCUUGCUACCCUUGCUCCUCAAGAGCAAACCGACACAAAGACCCUGGUUACGAGCGAGGCUGUCCAGUCUCUCAAUGCCGUCUCUGGAAACGGGUCCGCAUCCUCUCGAGCGCCCACCGAGUUCAACUCGUCCACUCUCAAGAGUGGUGCCCAGUCUACCCAAGGAACAAGUGUUUCUGGUGACAAGGAUACGAGCUCUGUUGAUGGAAGCGCCAAGGUUGAACGGAGUGGACCACUGUCAUUUGCCCAGGAGCGAAUCUGGUUCCUCCAACAGUAUCUGCAAGAUGCCACCACGUUCAACGUCACGAUGGCAUAUCGCAUCACCGGACCCCUGCGUGUGAAUGACCUGGAGAGUGCUUUCCAGAAGGUUAUUCAGCGUCAUGAAUCUCUCCGGACCGGCUUCCACAUGGACCCUGAGACGACCGUCCCAACUCAGAUUGUCUAUGGGCAGUCGCCAUUCAGGCUGGAACAGCACAAUAACUCCGAUGUCACCAAGGAAUUUGAGGAACUGCAAAACACUCACUACGACUUGGAGAAUGGUUGUGUGCUCAAGGCCAUUAUGUUGAUCGAGUCGGGCAAGGACGAGCAUGUCCUGCUUGUUGGCUUCCAUCACAUCGCCUUGGAUGGCUUCAGUGCCCAGAUUCUAGUCCGUGACUUGGCAAUCGCUUACUCCGGAGCCAAUCUUGCCCCUCUGGAAAAGGGAUACUUGGACUUUGCGGUGGACCAACGAGCUGCGAUCUACCCGGUCGAAACGCUGCAGUACUGGAAGACAGAGUUUGAGACUCUUCCCCCGGCUCUGCCUGUCUUUGACUUUGCUGAGACCAAGACCCGGCUGCCUUUGACCGACUACAAGACGCGAGUAUCUGAACGGAUACUGCAGCCGGAUGUUGCUGGCAAGGCCAAGUCUGCUGCCAGGGCUCUUGCUGCGACUCCCUUCCACGUUUACCUCGCAGCCCUGCAGGUCCUGUUGAGUGACUUCGCCUCAACUCAAGAUGUGUGCAUUGGCAUCACUGAUGCUAACAAGACCGAUGCUGCUCACAUGGACACGAUCGGCUUCUUUGUCAACCUCCUUCCAUUGCGUUUCCAACUUUCGCCUUCCCAGACACUGGCUGAGCUCGUCUCCAACACCAAAGCCAAGGCUAAUGGCGCCCUCACCCACUCUUGUCUGCCUUUCGACGUUCUUCUCGAUGAGCUUAAGAUUCCCCGGUCGACCUCACACAGCCCGCUCUUUCAGGUCGUCUUGAACUUCAAGAUGGGAUCGACGCAAAAGGUGCCCCUCGCUGAUUGUCAAGCUGAGGUUAUCGACUUCAAGGAUGUCAAUAACCCAUACGAUUUAGCGUUUGACAUUGAAACCUACCCCGAUGGCUCAACCUCGAUCAGUGUCAAGAGCCAAGAGUACUUGUACACCAAAAAUGAGCUUAACCUUAUCCUCGAGUCUUACGUCAACCUCCUGGGUCUCUUUGAAAAGGACUCAUCCAAGACCAUUGGACAAGUCUCACAAUGCGCUCCAGACGAGGCCCAGAAGGCUCUGACACUGGGACGCGGAGAGAGGAUUCCCUCGCCAUCUUUUGACACCCUGUCACACUACUUUGAGGACUGGGUCAAGAGGCAACCCGAUGCCAUCGCGAUUCGCGAUGACCAGGGAACGACUCUGUCCUAUUCUCAACUCAAGUCGUUCGUCAACAACAUUGCUGCCACCCUGGAAAAGUCUGGCCUUACUCACGGAUCACGUGUUGGAGUCUACUGCGAGCCGAGCAUCUUCAUCAUUGCGUCCCUACUGGCGAUUGCCGAGGUUGGCGGAGUCUACGUGCCGCUGGAUCCUCAGAACCCCAUCAAGAGACUACAGCUCACUGUCGAUGACUGCGAGCCAGACAUUCUUCUCUUCGAUGAGUCUACAAAGGAGCUGGCGCCCGCGCUUCGGACCAAUGCAAGCCUCAUCAACAUCUACAACGUUCGACGGCUGCCAUCGAGCGCGGCCGUCACGAACCAUGCUCAAGGAUCGGGUAUGGCCUACAUGUUCUACACCAGUGGUACCACAGGAGUUCCCAAGGGUGUUGCCUUGACGCACGCAAACCUUGUUCACCACAUCGACUCCAUCAUUCACUUUUAUGACAUCAAGCGAGGUACUAUGCUUCAGCAGGCACCUCUGGGCUUUGACAUGUCGCUCACCCAAAUGUCUCUGUCGACCAUGCUGGGCGGGACGCUUGUGGUAGCAUCCAGUGAAGCCCGGAAGGACCCUCUGCAGCUCGCCAAACUGAUGCUGUCUGAGAGAGUCACUCACACGUUUAUGACGCCCACUCUGGCCGUGGCCCUGAUCCACCAUGGCUACGAGUAUCUGGUAAAAUGUGUCGACUGGGAGUUCUCUCUUCUUUCUGGUGAAGCUUUCCGCGUGCAUGUCAUCAGCGAGUUCCAGCGACUUGGUCUUCCACAACUCAAGCUUUUCAACGGCUACGGGCCGACCGAGAUCACCAUCAACAGCAGCAGUGGUCUGAAUGAACUUGAUCCUGCUGCCCCACGAGAUACUCGCAAUCCUACAAUCGGCCUCACGCUGCCCAACUACUCCUGCUACAUCCUGGACGAGGACCUCAAGCCAGUUCGUCCUGGCCAUGCGGGUGAGCUGUUUGUGGGCGGUGCAGGUAUUGCAGUCGGUUACCUCCGAAGAGAUGAACUCAACAAAGAAAGAUUCCUUCCUGAUCCCUUUGCAUCCUCAGAGGAUGCCGCCCGGGGCUGGAACCGUAUGUACCGCACGGGUGACAAGGCAAAGUUCAUCCCUGAUGGAAGAAUCGUUUUCUUGGGACGCAUUGCAGGCGAUUCACAGAUCAAGCUUCGAGGAUUCCGCAUUGAGCUCGAGGAUAUUGCCAACACCAUUGUCAAGAGCUCAGGUGGUGUCGUUUCCGAAGCCGCGGUCUCUUUCCGACAGGGCGUCAAUGGACCAGAUGAUAGCGCCUUUCUCGUCGCUUUCGCUGUCGUCUCCCAGACCCAUCGACCCGAGGACCCAUCCGCUUUCUUGAAGCAGCUUCUGAAGGAUCUCUCCCUUCCUCGAUACAUGAUUCCUGCCAAGAUUGUCCAGGUCGAGCGGCUGCCCAUGGGCCCAACUGGCAAGCUGGAUCAGAACACCCUUGAUCUGAUGCCCAUUCCCCAAGAUGAGGAAAUCCAUGAAGAGAUUCUUACCACAACCCAAGAGAGACUUAGAGCCUUGUGGUUCGAGGCCCUCCCUGCUGUUGCACCUGGCGCUUUCAUCGGCUCUGAGACAGACUUUUUUGAGGCUGGUGGCAACUCCCUCCGCAUCGUCAUGCUGAGGGAGCACAUCGCUCGUGAGUUUGGAGUCAUGGUGUCGGUGUUUGACCUUUUCCAGGCGAGCACACUGGGUGGAAUGGCCGCAAAGAUUGACGGCUCUACUGCAGCAGAUGACCAACCGAUCAGCUGGGAUGAAGAGACCCGAGUCGAUAUCCCUUCUGGUCUCGAAACGCCGGAUGACCCUGCUAUUCUUGACAGCGAUGAACUGGAGGUGGCUCUAACUGGUGCUACGGGUUUCCUCGGACUCGCUAUCCUCAAGUCUCUGUUGAGGGACGAGCGGAUUUCUCGCGUCCACUGUCUCGCAGUCAGGUCUCCUAGCAAGGCAACCGACGAAGUCUUUAAAUCUCCGCGGGUCGUUGUGCACCCUGGCGAUCUAUCAUCUCCCCGACUAGGCUUAUCAGAGGACGAGUUCGACACGCUGUCCAAGAAGCUUGACAUCAUCAUUCACAAUGGAGCCGAGGUGUCGUUCUUGAAGUCCUAUCAGUCUCUGAAGAGGGCCAAUGUCUCAUCGACAAGGGAGUUUGCCCGAUUGGCAAGUGGCCGGCAGAUUCCCUUCCACUUUGUCUCAACUGGUGGUGUUGUCAACCUCACCGACCACGAUGGCCUUCCUGAGACGUCUGUGUCUAGCUUCAAGCCGCCAAUCGAUGGAACGGAGGGCUACGCGGCUUCGAAGUGGGCCUCUGAGGUUAUCCUCGAAGGUCAUGCGGAGAGAGCUCAUCUGCCAGUCUGGAUUCACCGUCCAGCAAACAUUACCGGGUCCGCAGCACCAGCUACCGACCUGAUGGGAAGCAUCAUUCAGUAUUCAACCAAGAUGCAAUCUCUACCGGAGAUCUCAAACUGGAACGGCGCAUUUGACUUUGUUCCUGUCGAGCAAGUGGCUGACGAAAUCGCUGCUUCGAUUCACGAAAGCAGAAGCUCAGUGCCAGUUUACAGACAUCACUGCGGCGAUCAGAAGAUUUCUGUCAGCGAGCUCCCUGCGCACCUUGAGGCUGAGGUUGGUGCCAAGAUGGAGAUGGUUGGGGUUGAUGAGUGGUUGGUGCGAGCUAGAAACACUGGCCUCGACGAAAGGACGGCUCUUCUAAUAGAGAAGAUGUUGAGUGGUGAGAAUGGGGGUACUGUCCCUUGGCUUCGAAAGGGAGAGUAGGAAGGUGGCGUUAUAAUGGUGGUUGAUUUGGUUAAUUUCUACUGUACGGGCGUCUGGUUGUCUUUUUUAUGGGCAUUUUCUGUCCUUCUCCAUAUGUGCUUCAACAUCGGGGACCAAGAAAGGAGGAUGUUCAAUACUAGAAUGAGUGUGGAAUGGGUUUAGAGCAUACCGCAUCGUAAUUACCUGCUGUAAAAAGAUGGUUCUAUAAACGAUGAAAGCAUUUUGUC